AUGAGAGCAGCAACAAGAAAUCAAGUAACCAAUAAAUUAUUUGUAACUACGUUUUUAGUUGCAUUUUCAUCUGUAGCAUUAAGUACAGCUCUGCCAUGUCCCGCACAUACAUUAGAUUCUGAUUCACCAGUAUCCAUUGAACAAGAACAAUUGAAAAGACAAUUUAUUCCAGAUCAAGAGAAGGCUAAAAAGUCAAUCAAAUAA